AUGUCGAUUCUUUUUCUCUUUUUUGUUUUCCCAAUUUUUCUCGCAAAUAGCGUUGAUCAGUUGAAAACCCGCAUACGAUUCGAAUAUAAUAUUAAUUGUAACAUCCAAAAAUAUUGGGGUUAUUCGAUUGAAUUUCUUGAAGAAGAUACUGGAAGUCAAUAUGAUGAUAAAAUUGUUGCUGAAAAAUGGAGGAAUUUCGAAGGAGUUAUAAAAGAGAAACGCGUUUCUUUUGGAAAAAUUACUGGUGGAGAUGGAUAUGGAAAUGUGAGAAAAUAAUAAUUCAUUACCAGAAUAAUAUUUUUUCAGAAUUUUUAUGAAAUUGUGGCCAAAAUUCAUCAUACUUGCACAGACGAUGGAAACAUUUACGAAGUACGUGAAAGAAUUGGCGAAUUUGAGGUGGAGAGAAAAGAAUUCAACAUAACUUUUGAACUUCAUAUUGAUAAUUUGGGAACCAAGAAAGACACAUUUGGAAGAAUGAUCAAUUGUGAUAUUUUUAGACACGCUAAUUGUGAUUAA